AGACUAGACAUUACUUAGCAAUAACUGAAAAUGUCAGUGUGUUAUCAACAUUCGUCUCAUACCUAACUCAAAAACAUAGCACUGUACCAGCUACUAGAAAGACAAUUAACUCUAUCCCAGCUGAAACCAGGACAACGAGGAAAGCCUGUAAGGUUUUCUUUGUGUUGACGAUGCUCAGCGGAGUCCUGUAGCAACUUUGGACCUGUGCUGUGUGUUGCAGGAAACAGCGGCUUGGGGAAAUACCACGGCAAGUUCACCUUCGACACCUUCACCCACCACCGCGGCUGCCUGCACCGCAACAUGGGCCUGGAGGCCCUCAACGCCCUGCGCUACCCGCCCUACAGCCAGCAGAAGCUGGGGCUCUUGACGGCCACCUUCGAGAUCAAGCGCAAGGGCAUGUGCACCCUGCUCUGAGGGCUGCCCCGCGCCGCUCACGGACUGGGAGGGGGGGACUCCUGGCUGGGUCUCCCCAGGGAGCAAAACCACCCUCCCCAGGAGACCGGUAUCCUCCUCCCUCCUCGGCACCGGUCUCCUGUUCCCUCGCCACGUCCUUUGCCUCGCUGCCACCCUGACGCAGGUUGGAUGACGGGGAUGGACAUUUCCUCCCGCACCUUCACUCAUCCCCAGCUGCCUCUGCUCCACGGGAGCUGUUUGCUGGGACACACAUGAAAUGACAAAAAGUUCUUUUUCUCAGCCCAUACUUCUCUUCCCAGCAGAGAAACGGUCCCCACAAGGCUGAGGACCAACAGUUAGCCCCAUCUCCCACUAGACGGACCUUUCCUUCUGGAUGAACCUCGCUCUCCCUCCUCUCAGUGCCGGCUGUUGCUUUUUCCUCCAUGUAACCCUGUCUGUAGUAAAGACUUUGCAUUUGCAUUGAGCUCUCCUGCCUGGCCUCGCCUCGCGCCUCUGUCACUGGGCUUGGGGGGUGCCGGGCAGGAAUCCAGCAGCUGAGCCCCCGGGGGUGGGUGCCCAGACCCCCGACAUCCCCAUCCAUCGCAAUGACACCCUCAGCCACACCGUCACACCCCGCUGGGGUUCUGUCCACCUCCCAUCACCCCGUGCCCGGUGCCUGCGUGGCACUGAGGUGCCGCGGGCUGGAUUUGGGGCGCGUUUUGCAUCCCAAGUGGUUUGGGCUGGAGCGGAGGCAGCGGUGACGUGCGGCAGGGCAGGCAGCCAAGUGGCAGAGCAGAAAGCCGGCAGCCUCCCUCCUCCGGGGGAGCGAGCUGUACCAGGGACUGGGGUGGCUGGGUGGCGCCUGCCUGCACCCUGCCUGCACCCUGCCUGCACCGUGCCUGCACCCUGCCUGCACCCUGCCAGCCCCACGGGCAGCCCCAGGGCUCAGCAGGAUCCUGGCUGCAUUGCCGGGGUGCUGGCCAGGCUCGCUGAGGCCACCUCCUCCACGUAAAACACCCUCUUAGCUGGGGUGGGGAACCUGCGGUUUGCAGCCCAAACGGUGCGAGACUGCCGGCAGCCUGCCCAGUCUGCGGGCAACCUUGGUGUAACGUGCACCGUGCCGCUCCCUUGGGACCGUGGAGAUCGGCAGCGUCUUCCCGCAACCCGGCAUGCAGCAGCCCACCGAGCCCUCCGGAGAGCAGCCCCCCAGCAGCGGGGCUGGGAAAGCUCCCGAGGAUAAUGGCGAUGCCAUGAGCGCGAACCCCUAUGCGGAGCUGGUGAGCCGCCUGCGGGCAACCUGGCUUUCGGGGAAGACGCGGCCCAUGGGAGUACCGCGUGGCUCAGCUGGAGGCCCUGGGACGCUUCUUGGAUGAGAAGCAGCAGGACAUCCUGGAGGCCACCGCCGCAGACAUGCGCAAGCCGUUCUUUGAAUGCGAAUUCUCCGAGAUCCUCCUCUGCAAGAACGAGCUCCAUGAGACCCUGAACAACCUGUCCCACUGGAUGAAGGACGAGCACGUGGACAAGAGUCUGGUGACCCGCCUGGACUUGGCCUUCAUCCGUAAGGACCCGUACGGGGUGGUGCUCAUCAUCGGGCCGUGGAACUGCCCCAUCCACCUCCUCCUGGUGCCCCUCAUCGGGGCCAUCGCUGCCGGUGAGCCGAACCUCUCUCCCGGCCCGGAGGAUCCAGGCAGCGCUGGGCACCGGCGAGGACACCUUGUUCUCAGGCUGGGGUGCCAGAAGGGCUGGCUGUCACCGUGUCACUGCUCUGACAUCCCGCCUCUCUCCCCCCCAGGUAACUGUGUCAUCAUCAAACCCUCGGAGAUAACCAAGAACAGUGAGAGACUCAUGGCUGAAGGGCUGCCCAGCUACCUGGACAAGGACUGCUCUGCCGUGGUGGCCGCCGGCGUGGAGGAGACCACCAGACUGCUGGAGAACAAGUUCGACUACAUCUUCUUCACUGGCAGCUCCGCCGUGGGGAGGAUCGUGAUGACAGCCGCUGCCAAGCAGCUGACGCCCGUGACGCUGGAGCUGGGGGGCAAGAACCCCUGCUACGUGUCCGACUCCUGCGAUGUGCAGAAUGUGGCUCGGCGGGUGGCCUGGGGCCGCUUUUUUAACGCGGGGCAGAUCUGCAUCGCACCCAACUACGUGCUGUGCAGUGCGGAGAUGCAGGAGAAGCUGCUGCCAGCUCUGCAUAAGGCCAUCACCGAGUUUUACGGCCCCAACCCUCAGGAGUCCCCCGACUUCGGCCGCAUCGUGGGGGACAGGCAGUUCCAGCGGCUGCAAACCCUGCUGCGCAGCGGGCGUGUGGCCAUCGGAGGACAGACAGACGAGAAGGACCGCUACAUCGCUCCCACGGUGCUGGCGGACGUGCUGCCCUCUGAUCCGGCCAUGCAGGAGGAGAUCUUUGGGCCCAUCCUGCCUAUCGUCGUUGUGGCCAACAUGGAUGAAGCCAUUGACUUUAUCAAUAGCCGUGAGCGGCCGCUGGUUGUGUAUGCCUUCUCCUCUGAUGACAAGGUGGUGAACCAGGUGCUGGAGCGGACAAGCAGCGGUGGCUUCUGCGGCAACGACACCCUGAUGCACGUGACGUUGACCUCGCUGCCCUUCGGUGGGAUCGGAAACAGCGGCCUGGGGAUGCACCACGGCAAGUUCACCUUCGACACCUUCACCCACCACCGCGGCUGCCUGCACCGCGGCAUGGGCCGGGAGGCCCUCCAUGCCCUGCGCUACCCGCCCUACAGCCAGCAGAAGCUGGGAAUUGUCCGGGUCGCCUCCGAGGUGAAGCGCAAGGAUGCCUGCACCCUGCUCUGAGGGUCCCCCGCCGCCACCGUGAUACCUCCUGCUGUCGGUCACGGUGGUCUUUGCAGCUACCUGCAACGCAAAGGCGUUUCCUUGCAACUACGUGCAAUGAAGAGAUGUUUCCUUGCAACCACCUGCAACGCAAAGGCGUUUCCUUGCUAUAUGUGCCAUGAAAAGGUGUUUCCUCGCAACCACCUGCAAUGAAAAAGCAUUUCUUUGCAACCACGUGCAAUGAAAAGGCGUUUCCUUGCAA